AUGGUAGCUGGGAGGCGCCUCCUCUGGGUUUUUUUCAAAAUUAAUGUGGAUGGUGCGUCGUCUUUGGAUGGUCACAGGGUAUCGGGAGUGGGAGUGAUCAUUCGUGAUGCUAAAGGAGGUGUGGUUACUGCCCUUAGUAAAGCUUUGCCUAUGCACUAUCUGGCUGAAUGGACUGAGCUCUUUGCUAUGGAGCAGGGAGUUCUUUUGGCUUGGGAAAUGGCUGUCCAGUUGGCCAUCUUUGAAUCCGAUGCUUCCUCUGUCAUUCAAGCCAUUUCUCAGGACCUCCGUGGUGGUGAAUCUGGCCACCUGAUCCAAGGGAUUCAGCUUGUGAAAUCAAACUUCUUGAGUUGCUCAUUUCGACAUGUGAAAAGGGACUCCAACAGGGCUGCCCAUGAGCUUGCCCAGUAUGCAAAAUGUAAUAAUGUCAGUUGUGUUUGGAAAGGUGUUUCUCCGCCUUUCUUAGAUUUUCUGAUUCAAUCAGGUCUGGGUUGA